UAUAUGUAGACAGCCGCUAGUUACCUAACAGCGUCGACCGAAACCAAAACGAGAGGAGCGCAGUCGACUAACGACUCUUUUCUUUUUUUAAAUUUGACACCGGCACCUAUUUAGUUUCAAACGUGGGGACCAAGAGUCUCGUAUAAGUAAUUGUCGUUGUGCGAAAAAGGAGAAGAGAGCCUAACAUCUGGUGUUUGAACUCCGCGCAUACGUAGUUUUAGCACGCUAGCUAGCUAGCCAGCCAGCUAAUUGCGCUAGCUAAAGAAGAAAGGCCGUCGAGUUGACCCAGCGUCAGUUAUUCCAACUGAACGAAUCGCCCUGGCAGAUUACAGCCGACGUUCAGUAGCUGGACCGCAAAACCUUCACCCUAAAGACGAGAACACCGAGAAAGGAUGGCUCUGAAAAGGAUUCACAAGGAACUUAAUGACCUGGCUCGUGACCCUCCAGCACAGUGCUCAGCUGGCCCAGUGGGUGAUGACAUGUUUCACUGGCAGGCCACAAUCAUGGGACCAAGCGACAGUCCAUAUCAGGGAGGAGUUUUCUUCUUGACAAUUCAUUUUCCAACAGACUACCCCUUCAAACCACCCAAGGUUGCAUUCACAACAAGAAUUUACCACCCAAAUAUUAACAGUAACGGCAGUAUCUGUCUGGAUAUUCUCAGAUCACAGUGGUCUCCAGCACUUACUAUUUCUAAAGUUCUUCUCUCCAUUUGCUCACUCCUAUGUGACCCAAACCCCGACGACCCUCUAGUGCCAGAGAUCGCACGAAUCUACAAAACAGAUAGUCAGAAGUACAAUAAACUAGCUCAGGAGUGGACAACAAAAUAUGCCAUGCUUUAGGAUACAUAAAAAUGGCAAAAGAAUGGACACAGAAGUACGCAAUGUGAUGACAUCGUUUGAAGAGCAGGUGGAAAUCGUUGCUGGUUCAAACUUAAAAUUACGGGAUUCAGUUGGUUUUUUUUUUUUUUCCUUUUUCACUGUAUUUUUGGUUAAUCAAUGCAUUUUACCUCCCCUCUUUUAUUUUUCUUUUCUAUUUUUUUCCCACCUGCACGCUCAUAAGAAGAUAGUGUUUUCUCUGUAGGUCAUGCCAGUUUCUGUCAAAUUGUGACUCCUUUUUGAGUUGAACAGAAGGAAAAAAAAAAAAACACCCUCCUGAGAACGCUCAACACAUUGUAAUGAUUUUCACACUUCAAAACUCUGACGCAGCUGUUCUCUCCUGAAACGUGCUGAAAAAUCAAUCUCACGACGCUCUCUCCAAUUCGUCACCCGUCUGGAUUUUUGUCUCUGAUCGCCGCAUUUCUCGUUUCCAAAAAUCCUUUUUCUUUUUUUUUUUUGUCUUUUGAGCUCACAGUAUCUUCAAAAUUUCACGUUUUUUUUUUUUCUUCCUAAUUGGUGGUGUUCUGCAUUUUAUCAGAUAGCAGAAUUUGAGCGUGAGGAAACUGGUUGCAUCUCAUGAACUGAGGUGACAUCAGUAGCUUUCUCUGAUCAGUAGUGUAGGAAUCUGUUAUCUGAUAAGUGUAUCUUAUUCCACUGUCCAAGUGUACAGAGAAGCAGAGCACAUAUAUCAAUGUUAAGGAAACCAAUAUAAGAAGUUCAAUGUUGUAUUUUAUGCAUGUUAAUAAAGGUAGGCUAUUAUAUCUGAUGUUUCUGCAAAUUAAGUGAAUUGUAAGGUUGGCACAGUUGGGGGUAGGGGAAAAAAUUGGUUCUUCACAAAUGCUUUCCUUUUUUUUUUUUUUUUUCUUCUGUUAUCUAGAAGCCAGUAGAUGAGCAUUUUUCUUUUCUUUUAAUUUUUAUGCCCACUCAAACACUGUCUUCUUGUAGCCCUGACAUAUUGAUGCAAAGCUCAAGGGUUGAUGAUCAACUCGUAGCUCUGUUUCUUUUUAGUUUUCCCUUCAAUAAAGUUUCUUCAAACUAUA